GCGGUCGGUGGCGGCCGCUACGGUGCUGACAAGAUGGCGGCUGGUGGGGCUGUUGCUGCGGCGCCCGAGUGCCGGCUUCUGCCCUAUGCGCUACACAAGUGGAGCUCCUUCUCCUCCACUUACCUUCCCGAGAACAUUUUAGUGGAUAAACCAAAUGACCAAUCUUCAAGGUGGUCUUCAGAGAGCAACUAUCCUCCUCAGUACUUGAUUCUGAAGCUUGAAAGGCCUGCUAUAGUCCAGAAUAUCACAUUUGGGAAAUAUGAGAAAACUCAUGUCUGCAAUUUGAAGAAAUUUAAAGUCUUUGGUGGAAUGAAUGAAGAAAAUAUGACAGAGCUAUUGUCCAGUGGCUUAAAGAAUGAUUAUAAUAAAGAAACAUUUACUUUGAAGCAUAAAAUUGAUGAACAGAUGUUUCCUUGUCGAUUCAUUAAAAUAGUUCCACUAUUAUCCUGGGGACCCAGCUUUAAUUUUAGCAUCUGGUAUGUUGAGCUGAGUGGCAUUGAUGAUCCUGAUGUAGUACAACCCUGUCUCAACUGGUAUAGCAAGUACCGUGAACAGGAAGCCAUUCGCCUUUGCCUAAAACACUUCCGACAACACAACUAUACAGAAGCCUUUGAAUCACUGCAAAAGAAAACCAAGAUUGCCCUGGAACAUCCCAUGUUAACAGAUCUUCAUGACAAACUGGUAUUGAAGGGUGAUUUUGAUGCUUGCGAAGAAUUGAUUGAAAAAGCUGUAAAUGAUGGCUUAUUCAAUCAGUAUAUCAGUCAGCAGGAAUAUAAGCCACGAUGGAGUCAAAUCAUUCCCAAAAGCACCAAAGGUGAUGGAGAAGAUAACCGACCAGGAAUGAGAGGGGGCCAUCAGAUGGUUAUUGAUGUUCAAACAGAGACCGUUUAUCUGUUUGGUGGCUGGGAUGGAACACAAGAUCUUGCCGACUUCUGGGCGUACAGUGUGAAGGAGAACCAAUGGACGUGUAUCUCUAGAGACACUGAGAAAGAGAAUGGUCCUAGUGCCAGAUCAUGUCAUAAAAUGUGCAUUGACAUUCAACGAAGACAGAUCUACACUUUGGGGCGGUAUUUGGAUUCCUCUGUGAGGAACAGCAAAUCCCUGAAAAGUGACUUCUAUCGUUAUGACAUUGACACAAACACAUGGCUGUUACUAAGUGAGGAUACUGCAGCGGACGGAGGACCGAAAUUGGUGUUUGAUCAUCAGAUGUGUAUGGACUCAGAAAAAACACGAUUCUACACCUUUGGUGGUAGAAUUUUGACAUGUAAUGGCAGCGUAGACGACAGCAGAGCCAGUGAACCACAAUUCAGUGGAUUAUUUGCUUUCAACUGUCAAUGUCAGUCCUGGAAACUUCUUCGAGAAGACUCCUGUAAUGCUGGGCCUGAGGACAUCCAGUCUCGGAUAGGACACUGCAUGCUAUUCCAUUCAAAAAAUCGUUGUUUAUAUGUAUUUGGUGGCCAGCGAUCGAAGACCUAUUUGAAUGACUUCUUCAGUUAUGAUGUGGACUCUGAUCAUGUAGACAUAAUAUCAGAUGGCACCAAGAAAGACUCUGGAAUGGUUCCAAUGACUGGAUUCACACAGAGAGCAACCAUUGAUCCAGAACUGAAUGAAAUACAUGUUUUAUCUGGACUCAGCAAAGACAAGGAAAAGAGGGAAGAAAAUGUCAGAAAUUCAUUCUGGAUUUAUGACAUUGUGAGGAAUAGUUGGUCUUGUGUCUAUAAGAAUGAUCAGGCUACAAAGGAUAAUCCAAGUAAAAGUCUCCAGGAGGAAGAACCAUGUCCAAGAUUUGCCCAUCAGCUUGUAUACGAUGAGUUACACAAGGUUCAUUAUUUAUUUGGUGGGAAUCCAGGAAAAUCCUGCUCUCCAAAGAUGAGAUUAGAUGACUUCUGGUCACUGAAGUUAUGUAGACCUUCAAAAGAUUACUUACUGAGGCAUUGCAAAUACCUCAUAAGAAAACACAGGUUUGAGGAAAAGGCCCAAAUGGAUCCCCUUAGUGCUCUGAAAUAUUUACAAAAUGAUCUUUAUAUAACUGUGGAUCAUUCAGACCCAGAAGAAACAAAAGAGUUUCAGCUCCUAGCUUCAGCUCUGUUCAAAUCAGGUUCAGAUUUUACAGCUCUAGGCUUUUCAGAUGUGGAUCACACCUAUGCUCAAAGAACUCAGCUCUUUGACACCUUAGUAAAUUUCUUUCCUGACAGCAUGACCCCUCCUAAAGGCAACCUGGUAGACCUCAUCACACUGUAACUGAAGAGUCACUCGACACAGAAAUGGAGAACAUGAGUCUGCUUUCAGUAUUUUGGAUUUCAACUUUAUUGACUGAAAAUUAGGUUGCAGUGAUUGAGGACUGCACCAGAAUUUUGAAGGGAUCUUUAUCAUCAGAAGUUAUAACCCUCUUCCUUCACACCUGACCUCAACCCCAUUCUCUUCCCGUUCCUAAAUUAGGCUAAUAAAGUAAAAUUGAUAUACUUUCCAUUUAAAAAUAUAUAUAUAUAUUUUCUCACUUUAACUUUUAAGAAUUAUUGAGUAUAAAAGCAAAAAUAAUCAGGCAGUUUACCCUUUUCUGAUUUUUAUUUCUUUUUUUUUUUUUUAAUUGGGGAAAAUAGGCACUAUUAACAUAUUCAGUGCUAUAAGAAUUUUGGAUUUUUUUUGUUGUUAGGUUGUUUGGUCAUUCUUUCUUCUUUCUCCUUCCAUCCCAUUUCACUUUACCGCCAUCAUACAACUGCUUGUAAGUAGUGUCACUUGUUUACCUUUUCAUUUCAUGCUUAACAGGUAAUAGUUCUGUAGUACAAUUGAUGUUUGUUACGGUGAUAUAUGUGGCUCUGUUGACCUGAGUGUUUUAUUACAUUAAACAAUAGGAAGAACAAAGGGCUCAAAUUUGCACUCCUUAUCAUAGAACUAAAAAUGAAACCCAAGAUGACCCUGAUAGAUGCCCUAUCAAAGAUUGAUAAAUAAUAUGUCUACAAUGAUAUAUUUAUAGUAGAUGUUACAGUAGCAUCUGGCUAUUAUUCACAGAAACGUUAAGGUAAGAAGACUGUAAUUCAAGGGUAAACCUUUAAGAGCCACUCAAAAAAUGACCAGCAGAAGGGAUCCAGUAGUGAUUAAUAUGUUCAUUGGUAUCUUUGUAUCAGUUUUUGAAGAAAAUGACUUUUCCUCUGGUAGAGCUGUGCAGAACCAGGGCUUACAUUCCUUGUACUAUUUCUUUGUAGUAGUUUUACUUAGGUAGAUUUUUUAACCAGAGCUGCACUUUCAGUAUGUUGGCUCCCUACAUCUGCUUCAAUAUACUUACAUUUUGAGAGUACUGAUUUGUGGUUGUCCAAUGAAGUAUAGUUGACAGGUAUUUCAUUAAGCACAUGGAUCAGGCUUUUUUAAGUGGAGAAAAGGAAAACAAUGGUGCAAAUAUUUUUUCAUUAAACCAAAAGAAAGGUAUGGCAGAUAAACUUUUCCACUGUUCUUUAUUUUGCAGAGGAGGAAGGUGCAGGCCUUCUCAUGAGGUGCUGUGGAAUGCAGUAUAGGAAACCUGCAUCUGGCUAGUUCACAUUUGCUCAAAAGUAUGCUGUAUACAGCUGAUACCCACCUUGCAUAAGGCAGGCACAGUCAGUAUAAUAAAUAUCCAUCAUUCCAAUGGCUGUUUAGAAUGACUUGAGUAUGUCCCUAAGUAGCAAGAUUAGGCCUCACCAAAGAAAGAGAGAAGACAUUGACCUGCACUUUGAAAGUCUCAUGUAUAUGAAUGAGACUUUGAGAUACCUCUUCUCUGUCUUUCAUUACAUGAUUUUGCUUCUUUUGAGGAUGGACGGGAAUAUUUUUUUCCUAAUUCUAGGCUUGAAUCUUCAGCUCUUUGACUUUCCAAGCAUCCUAAAGCAAUCAGUAGCUAUUUAUCAAACAGUUAGAUCUGUAUCUUAUAUUGUGAAAGGUAUAGUAUAUAAUUCAUUAAGUACCAAAUUAUGUAGCUGCAGAAUAACCAAUUGACAUUAUAGUUGAGUAAAUGUAAUCUACUUACAUACUUCAACAGUUUCAUAAGAUGAUUCUUCUGAGUGGCAGUCAAGAACAUAAAAUAUUAAUAUUACAAAUAUUGUAGCUGAUAGGAUCUCAUUUCAGGAAGACAGGUGUAAAUCAGAGGAUUCAUAAGGAAGAACCCAAACUUGAUAAGUCUCCCUAAAUAUAAAUGCUCUAGUUUUGUUUACUGUGAAUUCUAGCACUUUAAAAACAUAACCAAAUGAAAUUCUGCUGCUCCUUACCAUUUAUUUUUACAGUGCUUUCUUUCUCAUUUUUUCAUUAGCUCCUUAGGCUCCGUAUUAUUUGGAGGAAACUGAGUUCCUAACCUCAGUGAUUUUUAUUUUAUUUGUUUUCCCAGCCUCCCUACUGGUUUCCUUGCAAAGAUAUUUGUGUUCAUUUUAUCUUUCCUUAAACUUUAUUUAGUUGAAACUUUUCCCUUUCAUUUCUGGAAUUUUUUAUUCAUUAACAUGCUUAAAUGGGGUUGAAUCAUAGUGAACCAUUUAGUGUUGCUUAAGUGAGAUAGGCUUAUUAAGGACGUUUUUAACUACAAAAAACAGAAUUUUUAUUUUGGGGCUUUAAUAGAACACUGCUGGUAAUGACUGUAGAAGAAUGUACGCCUUCAUUAUACCCAUGAUCAAGAUUGACACAGUGCUUACUAUAUUUCACAUUAGAAUCUUGAGGUGAAACUUGUUUAUAUGUCUAGUGAGGAGCUAUAUGUAUUUCCAGGAAUUUCAGCAGUAUAUUAUAAUUUAAACAAUCUGAUUUGGUAUUUAGAUAAGUUGUUUAUUUUGCCUAGUAUAUAUGCAUUACUACUUUAAAAUUCUUUCAUUGUAACCUAGUGAUUCCCAAAUUGAAAUACCUAGCUGAUAUUUUAGAAGCAUUAGUUAUAGGGUACAUUUACUUAAUUUCAUCAUCCCAAGCUUAAACCUUCUUCCUAUUUCUCUUUUUCCCAGUGAACUAGAUUGUUUUCAACCAGUAAUAAACUAGUUCUCUAACAUUUUCAGCACUUAUAUUUAAUGAAAAAUUAUCUUGUUUGGUAGAUAUGCCUCAAAUGCAUUUGCAUUCAUUUUUUGGAAUUACAGAGCCCUCAUGUAGUGAGCUUGAUUAAUUCUUCUAUUCAAGCAAAGGAAUUCAUAUUUGGGUGCCUAUGUCUAUGCUAAAGCUGACUGACAGUAUUAACCUUUAUUAGACCUGAUUUCCAUUUUACUAAAACUGACCUGUCCAUGUCUAAUAACUAAAAAAUAAUAGAAGACAGUAGAAAGUUAAGUCACUGGUUUAUCAUAGAAAUGCUCGUUGGUUUUAGAGCACAGUGAUUUGUUUAAGCUUGUAAAACUGCAUUCUUCGGUAAAAUAUGUAUAUUGUUGGCAACUUAUCAUUCCAGUGAGCUCUUCUUCACAUCUGUCCUAAAAGUGCUAUAUAGAGAUACAUUAACAGAGUAUCAUUUAAUAAAACAGGAUUUUAAAAUCUAAACUACAAACAAAAACUAGUUGAGGCACUUAAUCAUUAUUAAGAGAUUUAAAAUGAUGCUUAAUAGAUCAAAAAGCACUUGGAAAGUUCCUGGCUUUAGUCUUUGAAUUAUGCGCAAUUUCAUGGUAAUUACAUGAAGAACUUACCCUGUAAUUAUUCUUAACACCAAAUGGAAUUUAUUAGGGUAAUGGUUUAUCAUUUAAUUAUUUCUUGUGUGAAAGUUGCAUUAAUUCCUUAGCUGGUUGAAUGUUACAUAGCAGCUGAAAAUUAGGAUUUGAAGGUUUAAAGUGAUUUCUGUGGGAGGGGAUAAGAAUGUAUACAAUAAAGCCAUCUAGCUCUAAAGAUAUAACCUUCUAAACCUUUCUUUUCAUAAAAAUCUGUCUUCAUCCACAAUCUCUCAUCCUCUUGCAUAAAUUCCAGCCUGAAUUUUCACCAAGUUUAAAAUUCCUAGAAUAGUCCUUUAUUUGGAAAGUGCAGUCUCCCUCAAAGAGUUUAUGGUUGUUGGAGGAAUGUCAUAGAAGUUCUGCAUAUGAUAAUGACUUGAGGAUUAAAUCUUUGGGCUCUUUCAUGCAAAGAUUUUUGUAUUCCUUAUUAGUCAAAUAGCAUUAUUCUUCUUUGAAUUUUGACUGUGGUUUAUAGCUCACUGUCACUUGUUUUAAUACUGAAAUGGCCUGGUUGCUCUAAAACUUCUAGUCUAGAGGUAUGUCAUUUGAAGGUGGAUGUUCCCAAGUUUGUUGAAAUAAUUAAUUAGGUGCUUACUAGCUCAGGUGAAUUAUGUUGCUAUCAUUUGUUUUUGGGGGGGAUUUUUGCAGUUUUAUUGAUUCCUUCACCAAAUGCUCUUUUUAAUUUUUCCUUAAAAAAUUCUGUCAUAGGAAUUCUAUUUGUACAUGAUUUUUUUUCACCUCGAUUUCCUCCUACCUACCAAAUACUGUGAAUUGUGUUUCCAUUAUUUUUCUCAGAUAAUUUAACUACAUUUUUUUUCUUUCUUAGCCCUAGGCUUCCUAGGUUUCCUGUGGUAUUGCUUAGUAAUAUUGUACUGCUUCAAAAAAAAAAAGUCAAAAUCAUUCUGAGGUAACCAUACACUUUUAUCCUUGUUCAUGAAGACAGAAUAGUGAAAUAAGAAAUUGUGUAUUAUUAAAGAAUUAAUAACAUUCAAAUAUCACUGUAAAAAUACCUGUCAUUUUCAUUUGGGGAAUAGUAAUACUGGCUGUGGCAGCUUUAAUGGAGGAACCUGUGUUGGUAAGAUACAAGUUAAGUUUCAGCAAGCAACCAGAAUUUCCAUUUGUCUAUUGUCUUUUUCUUACAUCUUUUAGCCUUCUCCCCUUCCCCUCCUUCCCCUCUCAUUUCACUUACUCUGAGUAGCAGUGAUUUUCUGCUGAAGUACAGUUGGAAUUUGUCUUAAGAAUUGAAUUUCAGCUUAUGAAUAACUGAGUAUUAGGAAUAACUUCCUUUUCUAUGAAAUGGUAGGAAUUCUCUUGUUUCCCUUAAAGAAAAAUAGUGGAACUUUAUAAUGUCUCUUCCCCUCAAGAAUGUGAAUUUAGCUCAAAUUCCACGAGUCAAUUCUUAUUCCCAGUCAUAUGAUAAAAUCCUUGACAAUAACUUCUGUACCCCUUCACCCAAGGAGUCAUUAGAGGUUAUAGUAAAUCGUAUUUUCUAGUGGUGCAGAGAGAACUAUACUUGUGAGAAACCUUAUCACUGUAUGUCUUUUUUUUUGGUAGGUAGAACUACAAAGCUAUAGAUCUUGAACUGAAUGAAUCCUAAUUCAAAACAUUAAAAGGCAAAAAUCAAAAGGUGGUUCUAGUUAUCUUCCACAUUAGCAUUAUUUGGAAAUAAGAUUUGCUAAUAUACCAUCAUUUCCUCAAACACUGCCUUGCUUGAUUUAAAACAGUUUCAACAGUUAUCUGACAGCUAUAGAAUCUAACAAAAAGAGGGGUGAGAUUGUAUAUUAGGGAAGUAGACCAGUUCUGAGACAUCACUUAUAAUUUUGAAGUAAUGUAUUUUCCUUUUUAUCUGCUGCUCAGUCUUAAUGAAAAAUUAAAUAUUUGUGUACAA